UGGUCUGUUUCAAACGGCCCCGCCUCCUCGGUGGGCUUGGGGGGCGUGACGUCAGAGCGCAGCGACGCGGUCGGUGCUUCCCGCCCGUUCGGCAGCGCCAUGUUGAAGGUAAUUCGGCUGGGGGCCACCCCUGUUAGCCUGAGCUUGCUCUCUAUCCAGGUUUAUGCUUCUUCUUCAGAGAAGGACACUUCCAAAAAGGAGUUGCUGAAAAUUGAGGAGCUGUCACUCUACUCCUCUCCAGCUCGUGAGACUAAAUAUGUGGAGAAUCCACAAACCCAAUUGGAAGAGGGGGUUUCGCGUUUACGUCAUGUUAUGGAGCCAUAUACAGCCUGGUGUCAGGAUCUUUAUGCCAAAGCUAUACCCAAAUUAGAAAAAGCUGUUGAGCAUGGUAGAGAGGGCUGUGAAUUUCUCCAAAACCCUCCUGCUGGAUUUUACCCAAGGCUUGGUGUGAUAGGUUUCGCUGGAAUUGUUGGAUUGUUUCUUGCUAGAGGCUCAAAAAUAAAGAAGUUAGUGUAUCCUGCGGGUCUCAUGGGUAUUGGUGCCUCCAUGUAUUACCCUCAGCAAGCGGUUGCUAUUGCAAAGGUUGCUGGUACACACCUGUAUGACUGGAGUCUUCAGGGCUAUAUUGCUGUAGAGUCUCUUUGGAAGGAUAAUCCUAAGAAGAAGAAAUCUGGGGAAAAAAGUGAUAAGGGUGAUGCAGAGGGUGACAAGUCCCUGGAAAUCCAUGCUGCUUCAAAUGAAGAGCGAGCCUGGAAGUAAAACACCAGAUCACUUGGCAUCAAACAGGUGAAUAAAAAAUAUAGAUAUGAGCAACAAUUUCCCAAGAAAAAGAGGAAAACCAGCUGAUGAAUCCAUUUCGAUUUUGAACGUGACUAACCUGCCUCAGGAAAGACUGACGGUGUGCUGCUUGGGCUUCUGGUAUGGAAUCUGUGAAAGGACACUACGUAUUUUGGGUCAGUCUUGAGACCUUGUCCUCAGUUCUGCAGUGGGACUCAAGUCUGCCCAUGCUUGUCGCAUUGCAGCAUCAGCAUUGCAAGUGGCAAGUCUCUAAAUUCCUCAGUCUCUUGUUAUUAUUUAUAUAUAAAAUAAAAUUCUAGUUAGACAAAA